AUGAGACAUGAUGAAGAUCGCAAGAAUUGCACCUCAAUCUUCCCAAAAUUAAAAGAAAUUUCUAUCCGGGGAUGUGACCAGUUGGAAUAUGUGAUUGGACCAAACCAUCACGAGGAUGAUGGUCGCAAUCUAGAAUUUCACAUGGAUUUCCCAGCUUUGGAAGAACUUACCCUCAUAAGACUAUCGAAAAUGAUCAACAUCUGUCCCAGAAGCUAUGUUGUCUCAUUGCCAUCUUUAAAGCAUUUCGGGUUGGAUACAUGUCCCCAAUAUAACUCUGUUACUGAUUUGGUGAUGUCUUUGUAUUCAAGACAGCUCCAUAGAACAACCAACAAGGACACAAGGGAGGGUGAGAAGCGCUUGCUCAAUUUGGAAACUCUAUGCAUAAGUGCCACCGGAGUAGAAAGUAUUUUUCAUAUAGAUGAACAUCAGAAAAUUGAACAACCAUUGAGCACAACAUUAAAAAUCCUACAGUUGUUGAAUCUAGCGGAGAUGAAGCGUAUUUGCGUGGCUUCCAAAAAUUCUUUUACCUUCCAACAUCUUGAAAGAUUAAUAAUAGAGGGAUGUGCAAAAUUGGAAUUAAUCUUUACUGCUUCAAUUUCAAGAUGUCUACCAGAGUUGAAAAUACUACAUAUAACAGAAUGCGAAGAAUUAAAGGAAUUAGUUGAAAAGAAUGUAGAGAAUCAGAAAUUGUCUACACAAGCAUGCUUCCCAAAGCUAGCAGUACUCAUCAUCCGACAAUGCAACAAGUUGAAACGUUUGGUUUCUGUCUCCAGCUCCGCAUCCAAUGAUUUUCCCAACCUGGAAAUUUUAAUAGUAAAUGGAGCCUCAGAGCUAGAAGAACUGAUUGGAUAUGAACAAGGACAAGGUGAUGGUGAGAUGGGGAGGGUGGAAGUUAAGUUUCCCAAAUUAAGAGCGGUGAUAUUUAGGCAUCUGUUAAGGCUUUGUCUUGAGGUUGAAACAAUGCAGACCAUAAGGCAUCGUAUUGUCUACAAUUGUCCAAAUUUCUCUUUGACUUCAACUACUUCUCCUGAGAAGCUUUACAAAAUAGCUUCUGAUUUGGAAGGCGUGCAAUUGAUUGGGUUUAAUAUUCUUGAAAUAUUUUACAUUCUUCUUCGAGGAAUAGAGGAAGUCACCGCUGACCGUCUAGUUGACAUCGACACCGAAGGAACUUCAGGAAGUAUGUUGCCCUCAUCUAAGAUUGGUGAAGAAUCAAAGGAAGAGUUUCCUUCGAAAUUUUCUGAAAUUGAACCGAUUGACAGGCCAUCUGGAAGUCCUUCGGCUAUUUCUCAAACAAUUUCAAUAGAAUUAGCGGAUGGACAAUCAAUGUCUGAACAUUUUCUUAUGAACCAACAAAUGCCACUCAAUGAAAUUGAAAGCAAACUUGAAAUUUCUGAGAUUAAUGAAACAGGUGUUGAAGAAGAAAGUACAUCAGAUGAAAUCAUAACGUCCACUGAUUCAGAAUCAACUAGAUCACAGUUAGGCCCAUUAGUUACUUCUCGGCAUAAAUCAAAUGAACUUCCUCAAAUGAAACAUAAAGAUCUUGCAACCUCAGAAAAUGAGCUACCUUCUUCACAACUCAAUGAAAAAGAGAUAACCAUUAUUGGAAAAGAUCCAACACCAAUGAAAUCAACAAUAGCAGCUCCUCUGACUUCGCUUAGUAUUGAGGCAUCAGCAAAAGAAUGCGUUCCAGAGAGUUCCAACUUGAUUGACAAAGAGGGAGAAAUUGUUGUUGUCUCCAUUGACAACAUUGUGACUCAAAGAAACGAAGUACUAGAGAAGGAAUUUAUUAGAAGAGCUUCUAUUUCAGAGAGGCCAUCAAUAGCAGCUUCACAAACGCAUUCAGAUUUGAUUACUCCAAGUCCCCCGGAUAUUCCUCUGCCUAAACCACACUCAAAUUCUCUCCAAGAAAUAGUGGAGCAAAGUACUCAAGAGGAUUCUAAAUCUGAGAAAACCAUAACUAGUACCGAGAGAGGUGUUGAAGAAGGAGCAUCUGAAGAUGCAAAGAUGGCAACUUUGUCAACUCAUUUGAAACCAACUAGCUCACAGCCAGGCCCGUCAGUUACUCCUCAGCGUGAAUCAUAUCGAUACAGUGAAAUAAGACCAAGCCAAACUGAGACACUCACAAAUAAAGAAAGUGAAUGCCAUCCUAUAAAUAUUCAAGACUUCAGGUAUGAUGGUGAUGACCAAAUAUCAGCUUCUGUUGUCACCGAAGAUAACUUGGUGGUUAAGGUCCUUGCUGACCUUGAAGAGUCUCUAAAGAUGCCUAUGAAGGACAUAGCUUGCUCUGAAACUAAUAGCCUUCGUCUUCUGACGGCUCUUAACUUCUUGUCUCGACUUUCUUUAGAACAUGUUACCCUAUCAGAUGGACUUAAAGCUAUAAUAGAAUCUUUGCACAAAGAGUUUCCAAUUAUUCUACGUUCCUUCAAGCAAGCCUUUGCUACCACCAACAAAUUUGUUGUGUUUGAAGAAAGAGUGAAAUCAAUCAAGGAAGAACUUGAUCAUCGAAAAGAGGUAGCCACUACUCUUGCUUGCAAUAUUUCCAAGACUAGGAAUCUUAUGGAUGAAGCUCGACAAAAGGAAGCAAUGUUGAAGGAACAGAUGAAUAGGUUGGAGGAAGAAAUAAAAGAUUAUGAAGCUGAAUUAUCAUCACUUGAAGAGAGAGAGAAUAAAUUUGUUGAAGAAACUAUAGGGUACGAAAAAGAGUGUGAUAUUAUGAGCAAUAACAUGUCUCAAAUGGCAGAAGAUCAAAGAAAAGCUCGGCAAGAAUUAUAUGAAAUCGAUUAUAAAUGGUCAGUUCUGUGUAGCCAAUUUGAGCACAAUCGCACUACUGCUAAGAAUCCCUCUUAA